AUGAAGCUCAACAUCUCCUACCCGGCCAAUGGGUCGCAAAAGUUGAUCGAGAUCGACGAUGAGCGCAAGCUCCGUGCGUUCAUGGAGAAGCGCAUGGGAACUGAAGUUCCCGGCGACUCCCUGGGCGAAGAAUUCAAGGGUUACAUCUUCAAGAUCACCGGUGGUAACGACAAGCAGGGUUUCCCUAUGAAGCAGGGUGUUCUCCUGCCGCACCGUGUCAAGCUUCUCCUCAGCGAUGGUCACAGCUGCUACCGUCCCCGCCGUGACGGAGAGCGGAAGCGCAAGAGUGUCCGUGGAGCCAUCACCGGUCCCGACCUGUCUGUCCUCGCUCUCAGCAUCGUCAAGCAGGGUGAGAACGACAUCCCCGGUCUCACCGACGUUGUCGUUCCCAAGAGGCUCGGUCCCAAGCGUGCCACCAAGAUCCGACGAUUCUUCGGUCUCGACAAGAAGGACGAUGUCCGCAAGUUCGUCAUCCGCCGUACCGUGACCCGCGAGGGCAAGAAGGAGUACACCAAGGCCCCCAAGAUCCAGCGUCUGGUGACCCCUCAGCGUCUCCAGCGCAAGCGUCACAGGAUUGCCCUGAAGCGCCGCCGUGCGGAGGCUGCCCGGGAGGCUGCCAACGAAUACGCCAAGCUUCUGGCUUCUCGUGUCCAGGAAGAGAAGGCCAAGCGCGAGGAGCUGCGCAAGCGGAGAGCGUCUUCGAUGCGGAAGUAA